GCAGACAUGUUGGAAUUCAAGCUCUAAAACGUUCAGAAUGUGAAAGAAAACCUCAGGCUACAGCUCUCCUAUUUCCUCGGUCUAAACUAUAAAGUGAACAGCCCUGUUGUUUCCAGGUCACCCGAAAGAAGUGUGAUCAGUGCAUUACAGUGACAAGCACUACGGACGUGCAGGGAAGGGCGUAUAAAUUCUUCAUCGUUGGCGAACUGAAGAACAAUGAGUAGAUCGAUGUUGUUCAAAACAAGGAUGGUGUGGAUGGUUGCCAUGAUGAUGAGCGUUUUCUCCUCAGAUUUUGGCUUCUUCCGGCUCGGCUCCACGCUCGGCGUUAACUACGGUCAAGUUGCCAACGAUCUACCGACUCCGGAGCAAGUUUUGACGCUGUUGACGUGGCUGAAGGCGAGCAGCGCGAGGAUCUACGACGCGAAUCCGCAGGUCCUCGCGGCCUUCGCCGACACCGGCAUCGACCUCAUCGUCACAGUGCCCGACGAGGAGGUUCGGCGGCUGACGGACCCCCAGCUGGCCCUGCAAUGGGUGGCCACCAACGUGCAGCCCUACUUGCCGGCCACCAUGAUCACCGGCAUCGCGGUCGGGAACGAGGUGUUCACCAGCGGCGACACGACGCUGAUGGCCGACCUCGCCCCCGCCAUGGCCAGCAUCCGCGCCGCGCUCGUCCGGCUCGGACUCGAGACGCGUGUCCAUGUCUCCAGCGCCAACUCCCUGGCGGUGCUGGAGAGCUCGUACCCUCCGUCGUGCGGGGCGUUCAAGGGGGAGCUGGCCGGCGCGAUGGCGGCGUUCCUGCAGUUCCUGGCGGCCACGGGGGCGCCCUUCUGGGUCAACACCUACCCGUACUUCGCCUACAAGGACGACCCGUCGGGAAUUCCGCUGGAUUACGCGCUGUUAAACCCCAACGCAGGGAUGGAGGACCCCCACACUCGGCUGCGCUACGACAACAUGCUGUACGCGCAGGUGGACGCGGCGAUCUUCGCGCUCGCGCGGUUGGGGUACGGCGGAGUGGAGGUGCGAGUGUCGGAGACGGGGUGGCCGUCGAAGGGCGACGCCGACGAGGCCGGGGCGAGCGCGGAGAACGCGCGGGUGUACAACAGGAACCUGCUGGUGCGGCAGAUGGCGAACGAGGGGACGCCACUGGUGCCCGACCGGAGGCUCGAGGUCUACCUGUUCGCGCUGUUCAACGAGGACUUGAAGCCCGGGCCGACGUCGGAGAGGAACUACGGCCUCUUCCACCCCGACGGCACCAUGGCCUACAACCUCGGCCUGGCGGCGCUGCCUUCAUCCUCUUCCACGACUGCCUCCAUCGCUCUCACCUCCUCUGCUACGACAAGGGAAAUGAGCACGAAAUUUGGCUGCAGGACCUUGAUACUGUUGUUAUUCUCUUGGACAAUAAUCCAAGCUUUGGUCAGCAAAGCAGAGUGAGAAAAGGCUCUGAUUUAGACAGACUGUUCCAUGAAUGCACCAUGCCAUUUUAUCCUCUGUUUUUUUUUUCUUCACUUUAUACUAUUUAUAGAGCACUAGGCAAGUUCCUUGUAUUCUUUGCAUGGCAAUUCAGUCAAGGAUUAUAUUGGAUUCCUUAAAUGCCCAACAGCUGAAUAGUCUUUAGAUCCAUACAAUUUGGACUGAUGUAAGCAUAAGCUGAGCUUGUAAAUUUAUUUGAUGAUUAAGAAUUAAUAUAGAUUGUGUUUCAUAAGUUUUAAAAUUUUAAUUAAAUGGCUUGAUGCCUUUUUAUCUCUCAUUUCAUUAAAUAAUUAAAUGAAUAUGAUGCGGUGAUAAGAACCUACAUGACACGAGUCAAUUAUCACAGUGUAAGUCAAAGUCAAGGCGAUCAACAUCAGGACUUAAGCGAGGCUCAGCUACAUCCGGAGGGGAAGCGGAUCAUCUGUCAAUUGGAGGUUCCCUUGUCUGAUCGAUCAUCUGAGUAAGUGAGUACAGUUAACCCGGUCGGCAAGAAAACAAGAUAAACGGGCCGAGAGCCCG